AUGCCGGCUGUGGUUGGUGCCUCCGCUUAUUCUCCUCCGUCUGCUGAGGAGAAGGAGCGAUUUACACCUGUCGUGACAAAGUAUAUAACCGAAAAACUUGGUAAAGAAUCUAAUAUCGUGGAAAUACGCCGCAUAAGAUCCCAGAUUACAAAUGUGAAAAUGUAUUUCCUAGAGGUGCUGCACGACGAAGGCUAUUCGCAAAUUACGCUUCGUGAGGAUCCUAAGGCUGAUGGUGUUGAACUAACUGUGUUGCCAGAAUUGUCAAUGUCUGCUCUGGGUGGUGUUUCUGAGUAUGCGCCUCCAUCUGCUGAGGAGAAGGAGCGAUUCACGCCCAUCAUUAAACAAUACUUGACGCAACAGCUUCGUAAAGAACCCGAACAAGUGGAAAUACUCGCCAUGUUUUCACAGGUUGUGAAUGGGAAGAUUCACUUCCUCAAGGUAAGGCAUGAUGGUGUUGUGUGGGUCAUACGGGUGGACGAAGCUCCGUAUGCUGAGGGUUCUACACUAACUGUAAACAGCCACCGCGUAUCACCACUGACUGAUCCAAUGAGUCCCUUCUAG